AUGAAUGACGACGAUCCUUUACUUACUGACCAUGACGUAGUAGAACAAUCGGAAGAAAAUACCAACACCAAAUCGAUCGAAUCACUUCAUGAAUGGAUAAUUUGGUCUUAUUUAAAUGUUCUUAUUGGUGGCGUCAUUCUCGGUGUAAUAGCAAUUGGUUGUUCUUUUCGAACACAUAAAUUUAAACGACGACAAAAUUAUUCCAAAGCUUUGAAAUGGUCGUAUGUAACAUUAGUCACAAAUUGUAUAACAACACUAUGCGGUUUAUGUGCAUGUGGUUAUCUCAUUUUCCUCUAUUCUCGAAUAAUCUCAAAUGAACAAAAACAAUUGAUGACAAAGAAAAUAACAACUAAAACUAUUCUAUGA